GCGACCGCCAUCUCGGGGUCCUUUGGCACUCAAUCAACUCUUCCUCCAGCUGUGGCUGAACACACAUUAUCGGCUGCACUCUGAGUCCAGCGCUGGCCACCAUCGUUUUUGCUCCACGUCAACGCCUCUAUUCAGCCUUGUCUCUUGGUGGAUGACGGGAGUUGGCACCGUUUGGCGCCUCUUCAAUAACCGUGACUCUGCAGCACCCUCGAAAGAAGUACAUCUCACCAAAAAGAAAAAGUGCCUCUUGAGCCGCCAGCAGCACAAUGGCUCGCCCCAGAACGUCACGCUCACCAUCUCCUGCAGGAAGCCAGCAGUCCUCAAGACGUAACGCAAAGGAUGAAGAGAGACGUGAUCGCGGUGGCAACCGGGACAGGCCCCGCGAUCGCCACCGCUCCCGCAGUCCUGCCGACCGCCGCCAUCGAGAACGAGAACGAGAACGAGACCGAGACCGAGACCGAGACCGAGACCGAGAUCGCGACCGCGAUCGAGACCAUGGCACAUAUCGCCGCCGCGAUCGCUCCCGUGACCGGUCCUUAGAUCGCCGAGAUGACGACUACUACCGCGGCGGACGCAGGGACGGCAUCGCCAACCGCGACCGUCGCCGCUCACGCGACCGCCUUCGCGACCGGGAACGAUCACCGCCAAGACGCCGUCCGCGGAGCCGUGAUGUCGAUCGCGAUCACCGCGCCAGGCGAGAUGACUCCCUAGAUAGAAAUCGUGCUCGUCACGAGGAUGCCGCCGAUUUGGGGCCGCGUGGCAGAGCUGAUGACCAGCGCCAACGUGUGUCUAGCACAGCACACGGCGGGAAGCCCAAGGAAGCAGAUGCCGCCAAGACCGCCCAGUCACAGGUGCAGUUAGAGGCCGACAAGAAAGCCGAGAGACUGGCUAAGCUGGAAGCAUGGAAGAAGAAGAAGGAGAUGGAGCAGCGUAAGGAGGGCGGUGCAACACCUGGCAGCACGAGGAAACUCCUUGCCGAGAUGGACAUCAGAGCCACCGGAAUCCCCGCUGCUAUCUUGUCUCCGUCAAACGGAACGACCACGGGGCCCGGCUCUCCAGCGACCCCCCAAUCGGCCCAGGAGGCGCAGCCAGUCGUCCCUUACGGUGGUAAAUUUGAUCCCAAGGCCAUAGCUAAGAAAUCUGGCCCCCGGCAUCAAUCCCCCACUGUUCUCGGGUCCAUCAAGGGCCACCCUGUCGACAAGACCGCCACGGUCUCGACAACCUCCUUGGUCGCGUCCUCGCUACCGCAAGGGAAACCAAUCAGUGGCUUUGGGUUCCAAAAGUCGUCUGAACAUGACAAGGCCCCGACAAAGCGCAAGUUGAAUUUGGACGACGAGGAGACGUCGAAGCGCAAACUUGCCAAGCUACCUGAUGUAUCUCUUGAAACCACGGACAGCACGUCGUACGUGGAGCAGGCUGAUGACGACGACUCCUCGGAUGGUGACAACUUCGCAGGGACCGAAGAGGAGGCUGCCGCUGCGGCCCGAGCUGCUCAUGAGCGGCGCGAGGAACGGAUGCUACAGCAGAGCAUGGCCAUACAAACAGAUGACAACAGCGAGGUCCCAUCGGCAGCAAACGGCGAGACAGCUGAUGCUGAUGUCGUAGUACCCCAUGAGAUCACGGCUAUGGAGGUCGACGAGAAGAAUACAGUGGAAGACGACGUUGAUCCGCUCGACGCCUUCAUGGCCGAUUUGGAAGAGCCAGCCACCAGUGCGCGAAGCAAGCUAGCCAAGACUGCGGGCGGCUCCAAGCCGGCCCCUAUCCCAGAGGCCUACUUCAGUGACGACGACGACUUUGCAUCUGGCGCUGCGGAGGAUCCCGAUGCCAAAACUUUGCUUGCUCUGACUGCGAAGCGCAAGAAGAAGGAGAUCCCCAAGAUUGACUAUAGCAAGCUCGAUCUUGGGGUGAUCCGCAAGAAUUUCUGGGUUGAGCCCUCGGAGUUGAGCGAGAUGUCGGAAGCCGAGGUGGCCGAAUUGCGCCUCGAGCUGGACGGCAUCAAGGUGUCAGGCAAGGAUGUUCCAAAGCCUGUGCAGAAAUGGUCGCACUGCGGUCUCACACGGCCGAUAUUGGAUGUCAUUGACAAGCUGGCCUACGACAAACCAACUGCCAUUCAGAUGCAGGCUCUUCCCGUCAUCAUGUCGGGCCGGGAUAUGGUGGGCGUGGCCAAGACAGGAUCCGGCAAGACCAUGGCGUUCCUUCUUCCCAUGUUCCGCCACAUCAAGGACCAGAAGCCCGUCAAGGACGCCGAGGGCCCCAUCGGCCUGAUUUUGACCCCCACCCGCGAGCUUGCCGUUCAGAUCUUCCGCGACUGCAAACCGUUUCUGAAAGCGCUCGGCCUGCGCGCCGUCUGCGCAUACGGCGGGCCCCCAAUCAAGGACCAGAUAGCCGACCUGAAGCGGGGCGCAGAGAUUGUGGUAGCAACGACAGGCCGGAUGAUUGAUCUCCUGGCGGCGAACCAAGGUCGAGUGGUUAGCCUGCGGCGGACCACGUACAUUGUCCUCGACGAGGCCGACAGGAUGUUCGACAUGGGCUUCGAGCCCCAAGUCACAAAGAUUCUGGGCAACGCCAGGCCAGACCUCCAGACGGUACUGUUCUCGGCCACGAUGCCGAAAAUCAUGGACGCACUCGUCAAAAAGGUGCUUAAAAACCCGGUGGAGAUUGAGGUUGGCGGCAAGAGCGUGGUUGCGUCGGAGAUUACGCAGAUUGUCGAGAUCAGGGAGGAGAAGACAAAGUUUAACCGGCUGCUGGAGCUUCUGGGAGCGCUCUACGUGGACGAUGACGACGUCCGGGCGCUGGUCUUUGUCGAGAGGCAGGAAAAGGCAGACGAGCUGCUGCGCGAGCUGCUGCACAAGGGCUGGGGUUGCAUGUCCCUGCAUGGCGGAAAGGACCAGGUGGACAGAGACUCGACCAUCUCGGACUUCAAGUCGGGCGUCUGCCCAAUCCUCAUAGCCACAUCCGUGGCGGCGCGGGGCCUCGACGUGAAGCAGCUAAAGCUUGUAGUCAACUACGAUGCGCCAAACCACCUCGAGGACUACGUCCACCGUGCUGGUCGGACGGGUCGGGCAGGGAAUACGGGCACGGCGGUGACAUUCAUCACGGAGGAGCAGGAGAACUGCGCCAUGGGAAUUGCUAGGGCUCUGGAGCAGAGUGGUCAGCCUGUGCCGGAGCGGCUCGUUGAAAUGCGCAAGGCGUUCAAGGACAAGAUCAAGGCGGGCCAGGCCAAGGACCAAUCCGGGUUCGGCGGCAAAGGUCUCGAACGGCUGGACAAGGAACGAGAAGCGGCACGCAACCGCGAGCGCAAGACGCACAAGGCUGAAGGAGAAGACGAGGACGUGCCGGAGGAGAAGACGGGCAAGGACGACGAGAAGAAGCUGAAGGCGUCGACGGCCAUACUGUCCGCGGUGUCGGCAAUCGUCUCUCGGGACGCAGCCAAGGCCGAAGCCGAGGCCAAGGGCACAGCAAGUUCAAACGAAGCCGCAGUCUCGACAGGCGCAAAGGGCGGGGCCCUAGACAAGGCUGCGUCGGCCAUCGAGAUGAUCAACGCGCGGCUCGCCAAGGCCGGGCAGCUGAGGCCCGGGCAGCCCAUCGACAACAAGGGGCCGGACGCGGGGGCUUUCCACGCGACGCUAGAGAUCAACGAUUUCCCGCAAAAGGCGCGCUGGGCUGUCACCAACCGCACCAACGUGGCAAAAAUCCUGGAUGCUACAGGCACCUCCAUCACUACAAAGGGCACUUACUACGCUCCGGGCAAGGAACCGGCGCCGGGUGCAGACCCCAAGCUGUACAUUCUUAUCGAGGGCGAUACAGAGCUUGUUGUGGGCAACGCCCUGUCAGAGCUCACGCGCCUCCUCCGCGAAGGCACGAUAGCUGCCGCGGAUGCAGAGAGCCGUGCCCCGGCCAGUGGCAGGUACACCAUCACGUGAUUGGGGCACAUGCCGCGGAAGAAUCAGGAACGGCCCUUAGAAUUGGGCUGUGUUGGCCGCAAAGGAGGCCCAGGGUGUGUUACAUAUAUAGUCCAUACAUGUAUUAAUCUCUAUAUUCAACGGUUAAUGCGGUAUGACGGGGGUUAUCUCGUCUGAUUCGUUCUGUGCGCCCGCAGAAAGAGAGACCCGGCAAACAAAAAGGCGCAACAUGAGUGGGGGAUGGAAGGGAAAGGCCGGGGGAUAGGCUAGGCUAGGCUGGAAAUAAGUAGUAGAUAGGCAAAGAAUAAGAUUGGAUAUGAUGGAUGGAUAUA